AAUAACAACAACAACAACAAUAACAGCUAUCAUGAUGAUGACAACAAUAAUAGCAACCACAACGACAACAUCGCUGAUGAGGGUGACAACAAUUGUAAUAACAACAACAACAAUAACAACAACAACAACAACAACGACAACAACAACAACAACAACAACGCUGCAAAUAGCCCAGAUCAUACCCAAAAGGGAGCCAGCGCCGCCUGGUGCUCCAUCGUAAAUGACGACAGUUUUUCCUGGGAUGACGAAACUGACGAUUCUGAAGAGAGCAGAGGAGGAGACGAGGAGGGCAAGGGUAACGAUGAUGACGAUGGUGGUGACGACAGUGAAAAGGACGAUGACAGUGAUGAUGAUGAUGACGGUGGUGAUGGAAACCACCAUAGUGACGAUGAUGAUUCUGAGGGGGAUGAAGGUAGUGGGGAAGAAGAAGAAGGCUGGAGUGACCAGGAGAAAAAAGACGAACAGAAGUUGGAACGCAAGGACAGCACCAGAGAGAUGAAAUACCCACAGUUCGGUAGACAGAAAUGUCUUCCUCACUCCUCUCAGGAACGGCCUACCGCUGGUCAGGGGGAUGAGCAGCCAGAUGGUUCGAGGAAAGUGGGAAUUAGCGAGUCCUCGGCACUGGAAAGUUCAUCCAAUAUGGCAACACAGGCUAGGAAAGAAAAAGGAAACAGCCGGAAGAAAGGUGUCUCGUUCCACUUUCCGGUUGCCAAGGUCUGGGAAAUUUCGAGGUCGGAACGGUCAGUGCAACCAGGACAUGGUGGAAAGAGAUUACGUCGUUUUCUGAAGUCUGUCCUGACCAAGGAUAAAACCAAAGCUAGAGAGAAAGAUGAACACGCUCUUGAAGUUUAUAACGAAGAGGGCGUUUAUCGAACGAAAGCCGAAAGUGCUUCUGAGAAUAGUUAUAUGAUGCAAAGUAACCACCUCGUCCACAAAGGUAGUAAUGUUUGUGGAAACACAGAAACAGCCAACGAGACUAAAACGUGUCAGAAAUCCGGUAUGUUCACGACCGCGACGAGUUUGAAAUUGGAAGAAAACAGCCAGAGUCGGGAUAAGAAGAAGCAAGCAGAGUCGCCCAAAAGCUACGCACGAUACAAGCAUAAGGGGGACAAUCACGGCUUGAAAAGAUCUUGGCUUCACUGGCUGGGUCUUAGACGUCGUCCAACAGAAGGUCAAGGACGCGGAGUGACCGCUGCACCCUCCGAGUCCCAGGAGCGACACACUGGUGAGUCAGGCUGGUCAAAUGACACGCAACGUCAGUCGGUGUCUCGGGUUCCCGUGAAUACGGCGAAAGGCUCACCACUUCUCCAUAAGGUAUCUAGGUUGGAAAGGAGGUCGAUUGUCCCAACAGAAAAUGAACUAGGACGAGUUCAUAGGUCAGGAGUUAGAAAUGCUCACAAAUCAAAGGCAUAUAGACCACUCGUUCACAUGGACAAAGUAAGGACCCGCAGAGACGUUCAAGGCGAAAAGUUACAAGACACCAGACACAAGACACAGGCUACCAUUCAGGACGAAAUGUUUCAAGACACUAGAGUAAAGACCCACAGAGGCAUCCAGGACAAAAAGCCAAGAGACAAGACAGAGAACAGACGGGAAGACAGCGACCCCAAGCGCUCAGACAGUAACAACAAUAUGCAAAGAGCGCGUCACCAUGACGACACGAGCGCGUCAACCGGAGGUGUGGGGUUCAAGGACGAGUUUGGGGCUCUGGAGAAGUACCAGGAACAUCUGCUGAAGACUCUCAGCUUCUCGUCUGCGCUCCAGAACAUGGACAAAAACCGUUUCAGCGCCCUGCUGGCCCCAGACCACAGCCGUGUGAUGGUGGAGAAGGUAGAGGUCGGGGACACAGACUACUAUAACGCCAGCCACAUCGAGCUGGGUACAGGGGUGGACUACAUAGCCGCACAGAGUCCUUUCUCACCCAGCACCGCCAACGACUUUUGGAGGCUUCUACUGCAGAACAGAGUGGAGACGGUGGUGAUGUUGUGUAACUGUGUGGAGGGGGGCCACACCAAGAGUCACCAGUACUGGGCUGACAGGGGCGUGUUUGUGGGCGGGGCCUACCUCUGUCUGACAGAAGGAGAGGAGACCUUCGCAGACUAUGUUAUCAG